AUGCCAUCUACUUCUUGCCUAAUUUGUACUGAAGACUACAACGAUCAUGAAAAUUGUCCAAAAGUAACCAGUAAGAAUUUUUUUCUCAUCAAAAAUGUGUCAUUCAUACUAAUAAAAAAUAUGUUAUAUUAUUUUCAGGAUGUGGUCAUACAUUCUGUAUAAGUUGCUUGUUAAAAAUCAAAAAAACUGUUGGAAAUGAAGAAACAUAUGAGUGUUUUACUUGUAAACAGCAAUUUGCUUUUCAUGAAAUGACAACAAAUUUUGCUAUAAUGCCAGAUGAUACUCCGAAACCAAAUGUUGCACAAAAUUUGGAAGAAUCACAUUUUGCUUGCUGCAAUUGUCCUAGAAAUGCAACAAAACAUUGUAAAAAUUGCGGAACAAAUUAUUGUGGAUCGUGAGUUUAGAUAAAUCGAGCUUUUUGAAAAUUAUUUUUACAGAUGCGAGGUAAUAACACAUUCGAUGUAUCCAAAUCAUAUAACAAAAUUAAUUGGGCAAAGUACACAUGUUGAGAAGCUUUGUUCUUGUUUGCAAAAUGGAAUAUCUUUAUUUUGCAGUGUAGGAUAUUUAGAACUAGAUUGUAUUUUAUGAUUUUUUGGAUUUUCAGAAUAUGGAAUGCUCAAAAAUUGAAUUGAAAGCCACGUGCUCAAGCUGUUUUGCAAAGCAUCACGCAAAUUGUUCGAGUAUCUUCUUUUCAGCGGCAAAUAAAAUGUUGAAAAGCCAAAUAGAAGUCAUCCUUGAUAAAAAAUUCAAAGAAUUCGAUGAAAAUGAUAUCGUGAAAGAGUAAGUUAAUCAAAAAUCAUCAAGAUAUGGAAUGUUUACAGAAAAUUUAAUCAAGAUUUGAUUAGAAAACACAAUGAACAAAGGAAGAAGGUGAGAUUAUUUGAUUGAGAGCUAAAAAUUUAAAAAUAGUUUCAGAUUGAGACAAAUUAUCAAAAAUUACGAGAAGAAUUAGAACGAAAUUAUAAAAUAAGUAUGCGACAACUCGAUCAUUUUAUUGAACUUCAUAGAUCUGAUAAAACAAAUCUCAUCGAUGAAGAGAAAAGGGAUAUUUCAAAUAAAAUCAAUGUCAUAGAUAAAAUUCGAGAUCUUCAUAGCGAAGAUUUGGUUAGUAUCUAUCCCAAACUCUUCGAAUUAUUUCAAUCAAAACCAGUUGGUAAGUGAUUGAUGAAAAAAAAAAAGAUAAACAAAACGAACAUUUUUAGAUGAUAGUUAUAUCAAAGAUCCAAAAGUGCAACCAAAUGGUUUGAAAUGGUUUCCAUCACAUAACAUCCUGGUUACAGGUAUUUUAAAAAAAAAUUGAGAGGAAAAUUUCGAAAUUGUUUUCAGGAAACUGGCAAAAUGGAAAAAUUUAUUUUCUUGAUCUGUUGAAAAAACAGAGUUUUGGUGUUUGUAACGUGCAAGGGUGAGUUGAAAGCAGGCGGAGAGCCUUUCAAAGACAACUAACCAGUUGAACCGGUUUUCGGGGUGAUUCAAGUAGAAAAAAAGUAAUAAAAACAUUUUUUUGAUAAAAAAUUUCGAUUCAGCAAAUGUCAAAAAACUAUAUUUCUACGUAUAACGUCAUCAUCAGGGAUAAUACUGAAAAAUAAAAAUGGGUUAUUUUUAAGUUACGGAUUUUGAAAUAAACUUAAAAUAAACAAAUGAACAAAACCAAAAUUUCGAAAAAUCACAAAAAUAAAUCUGCUAAAGUGCGGGUAGGUGGAGUGUUGUUAGUACUUAAAGGGUUGGUGUUCUCCUGGUGAAAAAAUCGUCUGCAAAAAGGCGUCACCGUGUUAUUUUCAAAGUUGUGUGCAAACACACGCACGAAAAUUCAAAAACGAGUUGUGCGCUAGAGCGCAUUUACUUGUUUUAUUUCGUAGGUUUUAAUUCGUUUGUGUUUUUGAGGAAAAACAUGGGCUGAAUUGAUACUAGAAUUUUUUCUAAAACUGGAACCUUCCAGGAGCACCUUAUUCCUAUCAAUACCAAACAAGAUUCCCUGGCGGAGCACCAACCCUUCAAGAAGCAUUUUAUGUUUGAUUCAUUUUUAUUGUGAUAAGACUUAGUCAUAGGAAAACGUUUCAAUGAAAAAAACGUCAAAAAAUAGGAAAAAAAUAGAAUUUUUCAACAUUUGCUGAAUCGAAAUUGUUUGUCAAAAUUGUUUUUUUUCGACUUGAAUCACCCCAUUAAAACACCUCAAAACCCGUUAGAAUUUUUUCAGAAAAUGUGAGAUGUAUUAUGGAUCAACACAACUGUUUUUUCACUUUUCUGCCGAUUCAUCAAUUCAAAACAAAUGUUUGUUAAAUACUUUCAACUCUCAAAAAUUCAAAAUACAUUUCAGGCGAAUUGCAUUUCACUCAAUUCCAAAAUGCGAAUCCAAGAGACAAUUGUACGGUUAUAACAAUAACAGAUAAGGAAAAUCAAGAAGGUGCAUUUUAUCUUCCAUUGGAUCCAACACAAAAACCGAAAGCUCAACAAACAAUACAUCAAAUAAUACGUGAUAACUUUUUUUGA